UUUUGUUAAUUAAUGUACUAUCAAUUAUAAAAUUUAUUUUUUGUUUUUAAUCUAUUAAUUCUAGUUAAAACCUGUAUAAUAUUUGUUAUUUUUCCCUGCAAAUAAUGUUUAUCAAUGAAAUUGUUACAUCGACAUAAAACUCAUACAGGAGGAAUCCAACUAAAGUUAUUUUUAGAGACUCACGAUGAUCUGUGGUUUUUAUACAACAUUGCCUUCAAAGGUGACUUGAUUGAGGGAUUUACCUCGAGAAAAAUAAAAACAGAAAAUUGUAACUCGAUUUGUGUAAAGCAGGAGAUAAAGAAGUUUACAAUCCGGCUUUGUAUCGAGUCUGUCCAAUACACUACCUCUUAUGAUGACAUUCACGUUACCGGGACUAAUGUUCUCGAAAACCCAUAUGUUAAGAUCGGCCAAUACCACACUCUUGAUGUUCAACCUAACUCCACAAUUACUCUUUUCAAGGAGGAAUGGAAUAAACUAUGUGAAGAUAAACUCUCACACAUCCUCAAUGUUUCAAUGAACGCUGAACAAGCUUUUCUAGUUAUUGAUAACGGACGUGCCUCAUUCUUUCUACUUUCUCAGUACAUGACUAAAGAAGUUUUCAAACUCAUCCACAACAUACCUAUUAGAAAAACCUCAUCACACAGAAGUUCAAACUCCUCAAAGUCUUCUGAGUCAUUUUACAGGAUGAUUUUGGAUAAAAUCGACUCAGAACUGGAUUUUAAAGUGCUAAGGAUGGUUGUAAUAACAGGGCCGGGAAUAUUUAAGGACCUCUUCUUCGAGUACAUGAAAGCUAAUUCUUUAAAUCUAAAUCAUGUUAACAUUCACAAGAACCUCAGUAGAUUCAUUUUGUGUAACUCUUCAUUUUCCGACAAAAAUGCAAUAAAUGAAGUCCUAAGUAACCCUCUGCUAUCCUCGAAACUUAACUAUGUUUUCUACCAUGACCACAACAAGGUGCUGGAUGAACUGAAGACUAGACUUGAGAUGAAUGACGAAAAGGUGUGCUUCGGGUUCGAUGAUAUCUACAACGCUGUGACUCUGGGUGCUGUUGAGAGCAUUCUCGUUAGCGACAACGUGAUUCGAGAAGCGUCAUCCACAACGAGGAGGAAGAUCCACGAACUUGUUGACGAGGUUAAGCAUUACGGCGGCGGAGUCUACUACUUCUCCGACAACCACUGCGCCACUGAGUACAUUAAGAACCUGACCGGGCUUGUAGCUCUGCUUCGAUUUGUUAUUUAACUUAACGUUUAAUGUUUAUCAUGAAGUAAA